AUGCUCCGACGAGCCUCGCCGCGUGUCCUUGAGCCUCGCCGCGUACCCCAGCACCCGGCCACGGAGCACGUCGCCCAACGGCGCCACGACGAGCGCCGGCGGAAGGUCGCCUGCGAGACCAUCGCCUUCGACGUCGACGUCGCCAACGCCCACGAGGAGUCGCGCCGGACUAUCUGGGCCUGGCCCGGCCUAACCGGCGCGACGCUGGAGCGGGACGGGUCGACCAAGGGCAGCUCCAACCCCAAGACCACGGCGGAAAAGGCUACGCGCAACAAGGGCGGGUCGAGGGCGCCGAGGAGGCUGGAGGCAAUCGUCGUCGGCGUUCUGCCUGCCGAGAAAAUGGUCGUGCAGCAGCGGCGCUCCCCCGUCGUCGGUCGCCGCUGCGCAGGGGUCAGGGUCUUCGCGAGCGAGGCCGUGGGCACGGAGCUUGCGUCCCCGAAGGUGUUGUGCUUUGGGGCCGUGCGGUACGAGAUCCGCGCGGCAGCGCCUGCACCUGCGGCGCUCCCCCAUCGUCGGCUGUCGCUGCGCAGGGGCCAGGGUCUUCGCGAGCGAGGCACGGAGCCUGCGUCCCCGAAGGUGUCGUGCUUUGGGGCCGUGCGGUCCGAGAUCCGCGCGGCGGCGCCUGCACCUGCGGCGAGAUCCAGGAGUAGAGCGGGUGCUGGGCGAGCGUCACUUUGA